AUAGCCACAUGAUCUCUUAUUUGCUCGUCGCCAAAUCUCUCGUCACUAAUAUAUCCACCGUCUGAUGCAAGAAAUAGAGUGAAUUAUCCCGUGUGAACAGGUGCACGUUGUGCAUAUAUAUAUGCACAGUUCAUGCAGGAAAUAGUGUACUUGAAAAAGAAGCUAAAACAAACUUCAUUUCCCUCUUAAUUCUCUCUUCCUUUCUUUCUAAUUAUACGUCACCGUUUCACUCUUCAUCUUGAUUAGCUCAAAAAACCAUGCUUGAUCUUGAUAACAGUGUAAUGGCGUGUGUUGAUCCAGCUGAUCAUAUUAAAAUCGGUUCUUAUUACGAAAUUGAUCACUCUAAAUUACCUCCUAAAUCCCCAGAUCAGCUCAACUCUAUCCGUAUUGUUAUGGUGAGUGAAAAGACAAGAAUGAGGGUAUCAUUGAGAUUUCCAAGCUUGGUCUCACUCAAAACUUACUUCUACAGUGACAGUACUAAAACGAAGCUGUUACCAGCGUUUGAUGUUAAGUUUAUAGUGGGUUCAGAAACCGCCGCGGAGACGCUUUAUCGUCGAGUCCCACCUCAGGAAAUUACUGAUAAGAAGAAUAUUUGGCGGUUUUGGGCUGUUCCGUGCAUCACAGCUCAGAAAUUAAUCGUCUCUAAUCGGUCGUUUUGCGGCGGUGGUUAUGGCGGCGGUGGUGGUGUUAAGAUUAAGCAGGAUUAUCUGUUGUCUCAGAUUAAGGAUACGGGUAUGGUGAAAUGGGGUCAGAAGAGACAGGUUAGGUAUUUGGCUAGGCAUAAUACUAACCCUAGUGAGUAUGACCAGCAGCUUAUCCUUGUUAACAAGGAAGAAGAGAGUGAAGAGAGUGAUCCAGAGAGUAGUGCUGAAGAUGACGAUGAAGUUAAGAAGAAGAAGAUGGCGGCGGUGAAGAAGAAGGGUAAAUCUGAGAAAAGUUUAAAGCGGAAGUUUUCUACUCCGACCACCGCUGAGAAUAACCAGAAAAACAAGAAGAAGACGGUGGUUACUAAGAAGCCAAAAACUGAAAAGAAUAAUAAUUAUAAUAAUCAGAUUGUUGUUUACAAGCAGAAAAAACUAAAGGUUUUUAAAAAUUCCUAUGACAGAUGGUCUGCCGAGAGGUAUCAUUUGGCUGAGGUAAAUAUGUUGAAGAUAAUGAAGGAGCAAAACGCAGUGUUUGGGAGGCCGAUAUUAAGGCCGGAACUUAGGGCUCAUGCAAGGAGAUUGAUUGGGGACACGGGUCUAUUAGACCAUUUGCUGAAGCAUAUGGCAGGGAAGGUGGCACCGGGCGGUGAAGAUAGGUUUAGGAGACGGCAUAAUGCGGAGGGUGCAAUGGAGUAUUGGCUAGAGAGUGCUGAUCUGAUUGAGAUUAGAAGGGAGGCUGGUGUUCAAGAUCCUUAUUGGAUUCCACCACCUGGUUGGAGCCUUGGUGAUAACCCUACUCAGGAUCCUCUUUGCUCUAGGGCUAUCAAACAACUUAAUCAAGAAGUUGAUAAAUUGAAAAGGGAUAUGGAGCUGUUAUCCAAGAAGCAUGAUGAGGAGGAACUGGCCAUUGAGACUGUACCAAUGCCUUGUGGGAGUAGUCCCAACAUUGACUUGAUGUUUUUCAAGGAAAUGUAUAUUGAUUUGGCGAAUAAGAAGGCUAAAGUUGAGGAAAUAUUGCUGGAAUUUUCACACACUAUAGCCAAAAUGGAGGAGAAGCUAAAAACAAGAAUGGAGGUGGAGGAAGGAGACAGAAAAGAAUCAUCAGAAGCAGCAUUAAUGGAAUUGCCAGAAAUAGUGCAACACAAGAAAGCAGAAGAACAACACACAGAGGACAAAGCAGCAAAAAUAGAAAGGCUGAAGAGUGGUUUCAAAAUAUGCAAACCCCAAGGCAGUUUCAUCUGGCCAAACAACAACAACAACAAGAUGGUUCAAUUUGAAGACAUGAUCUUUUCACUCCCAACUCCGCCGUCUGUCUCCUCCACGUCAGCAUCACAACCCCACCUCCUCCUCCCUGCUACUCCGGCCACCAGUACUUCUCCACCUGUGAAGAAGCCAUUAGCUGAAAAAGGGCCUGUCACCAUUACUACUCUAUCCUCAGCUGUCACCACCUAUGAUCAGAGUAGCAAAACCACUGAUCUGAUCAACCUGAACGAACCUCCCACCAAUCAAAACGACAACAUAUCACCUCAGACUCAUGGUCAACCAUCUUCAUUUCCUGUCACAUACCAAAGAAGAAACUCUACACCCACCACUCCUACUGUGCCAAGUAUGGAAUUAGCAGUUGAAAAGAAGGAGAUGAUGAACCGAUGGGAAGGGAAUGAUCAAGGGAAGGAAUUGAUAAGGUGUUGCUCCGCUUCUUCCACCGCCUCUUCAUGCUUCUCGGUCGGAGCUGGACCAUGGCUGGCUCUUUCUGCUUCCGAUGCACCAGCUGCCUCGGCUUCCAAAUCUGAUGAUUAGGGUUUAUUCUAUAAUCAUUCCAAUAAUUAUAGUAUUAUUAAAUAUUACUUAUUUACAUCAGGCUAUAUAUACAUAUAUACAUACAUAUACAAGUAAUAUAAUUAAUCCAUAAAAAUACAUACUUUGAUUAAAUGUUCAAUCCUUUCAAGAAUGGACAAUGUGAACAUUCACAUCCAUUUCUUUCUUUUUUGGGCCGAAUUUUGUGUCAUGUGUAUGACAGACAGUGAACAAUUACAUUAAUGAUAUAUAAGUUGUGAGAUUUU